GGAGCCACCGUCGUCUAACAUGCUCCAUCUCCUCCUUGUCUCCGACGAAGAUUCCACCAGCAUGCCCUCUUCCCAUGCCGCCUCUAGAUCCGCCUCCAAUCAUAGCUCCUCCUCUUCCUCCUCAUCUCUCCACCUCUGCAAGCACUCCCCCUCCGCGACUCUCGACCUUCUCAUCCUCAUCCUCGUCCUCUUCUCCGGCGCUUUCCUCCUCUCCUCCUACUUCUCCUAUCUUUUCCACUCCUUCUCUCUCCUCUCCUCUCACUUCCCUUCCCUCUCCUCUCUCAUCCCCUUGAUCUUCUCCUCCGGCGACGACGACGACGAUUAUGAUCUCCCCGGAAUCCCUCCGGCAUCCUACUUCUUCGCCUUCGCCGUAUUCUUCGCCGCCUCCGUUGCGUUCCUCGACCUGUGCUGCGGGCCGAGAUCGAGGAAAUGCCGGAACCCGAAAUGCAAGGGUUUGAAGAAGGCGAUGGAGUUUGAUUUGCAAUUGCAGACUGAGGAAUGCGUUAGAUCGGGAGCUACUAAAGAGAUCGAUCGCUUGCCGUGGAAAGGAGGCAGCGAGAGCAAUCCAGAUUACGAGUGUUUGAGGGCUGAGCUUAGAAGAAUGGCUCCGCCUAAUGGCCGUGCCGUUUUACUUUUCCGAUCAAGAUGCGGCUGCCCCGUCGCUAAGCUCGAAGGCUGGGGACCUAAGCGAGGCCGGCGUCAUAAAAAAUCGCAAGCGAACUUGGCUCUAAAGGGACGGGUAGACAAUCGCUGAUCAGGUCGAUAGGAACUCUUCAAUCUAUCAUUAUAUAUUUAUCACAUUCAAUGUUUGCAGAGUUCAUCUUGGAAACUAGAGAAAUCCGUACAGCUUCCUUUACGGGGGGUCUUCUUCUUUAAUUCCUUUUACCUUUAGAAAUGUUCCAAUAUUACAAUUUGAACAAUUAACUUGUUAUUGGACCAAAUUACAU